CGGCGGGUGCUGAGCCCUCGGCCCGGAUGGAAAGUGGGGGUGAUGUCAGAGCGGCACUUCGGCGGGGCGGCAGAGGCGGCGGCCGUGGCGGGGUUCCAGCGGCUGCCGAGCCCGGCGCUCCCCCGGCCGCGGAGACCGGCGUGAACAUGGACGGGCCCGGCGGCGGGGGGAGCGGGGCAGCCUCAGACAAGGACGCUGCUGCAGCACCGGCAGCCCCUGGGGCCCCCACCCCGCCGCCCCGCGGCCCCGGCUCCAGGGAUCCCAAGCUGGUCCAUCAGCGGUUCCUGCGGAGGAGCGUGGUGGACUCGGAUCAGGAGGAGCCCGCCUUCGACCUGCCCGAGGCGGAGCACCAGCGAAGAAUCAUCCUGCUCCCCAAAACCAGGAGGAUAAUCGCGGAGCGGGCGAAGGCGGGGCAGGGGGCGGCGGAGGUGGCGGGCCAGGAGGCCGAAUGCUCCGGGGAGCCGCGGCCAACGCCGGUCGCGGGCAGCACCGCGGGCGCCGAGGAGCAGAAGGAGCCAGGCAAGGAUGCGGAGCGGAGAGAGGCGCAGGAUGCUGCCAAGGACCAGGGCAAGGCUAAGAAAGAGGAGCCCGAGGAGGAGGCUGAUAUGAAAGCAGUUGCCACCUCGCCGGAUGGCAGGUUCCUAAAGUUUGAUAUUGAACUCGGGCGGGGAUCCUUCAAAACGGUCUACAAGGGUCUGGACACGGAGACGUGGGUGGAAGUCGCGUGGUGUGAACUGCAGGACAGAAAACUCACAAAAGUAGAGAGGCAGAGAUUUAAAGAGGAGGCAGAAAUGUUGAAAGGUCUACAGCACCCAAACAUCGUGAGGUUUUAUGACUUCUGGGAAUCCUGUGCAAAAGGCAAAAGAUGCAUCGUGCUGGUUACCGAGCUGAUGACCUCUGGAACACUGAAGACGUAUCUGAAGAGAUUUAAAGUGAUGAAACCUAAAGUCCUGCGGAGUUGGUGUCGGCAAAUCCUGAAGGGUCUUCUUUUCUUACACACAAGAACUCCACCAAUAAUUCACAGAGACUUGAAAUGUGAUAAUAUUUUUAUAACUGGACCAACUGGAUCUGUGAAAAUAGGAGACUUGGGUCUGGCAACACUCAAAAGAGCUUCGUUUGCCAAAAGUGUCAUAGGUACACCAGAAUUCAUGGCCCCAGAAAUGUACGAGGAACACUAUGAUGAAUCUGUGGAUGUCUACGCGUUUGGAAUGUGCAUGCUGGAAAUGGCUACCUCAGAAUACCCUUACUCAGAAUGCCAGAAUGCUGCUCAAAUCUACCGAAAAGUAACCUGUGGUAUAAAGCCAGCAAGCUUUGAGAAAGUUACUGAUCCUGAAAUUAAGGAGAUAAUCGGGGAGUGCAUCUGCAAAAACAAAGAAGAAAGAUAUGAAAUUAAAGAUUUAUUAAGCCAUGCCUUUUUUGCUGAAGAUACUGGGGUAAGAGUGGAACUUGCAGAAGAAGACCAUGGUAGGAAAUCCUCAAUUGCCUUAAGACUCUGGGUAGAAGAUCCUAAGAAACUGAAAGGAAAACCCAAAGAUAAUGGAGCCAUUGAGUUUACUUUUGAUCUGGAGAAGGAAACUCCUGAUGAUGUUGCACAAGAAAUGAUUGACUCGGGCUUUUUCCACGAGAAUGAUCUCAAGAUCGUGGCCAAGUCCAUCCGUGACCGAGUGGCGCUGAUCCUCUGGAGGAGGGAGCGCAUCUGGCCCAGGAUGCAGUCGGAGGAGCGACGUGACUUGGAGUGCCUGGACAGGCUGAAGGCACCGCAGGCACAGCAGGUCCAGGUCACCUACCUGUCCCACACGGGCCACCACAUCCUGUCGGAGCCUGAGGAGCCGGAGGCAGACCAGCACCCCUUCCAGCAGAACCUGCCCACCAGCGUCACCUCUGUCGCCUCUGACAGCACAUUUGACAGUGGCCAGGGCUCCACGGUUUAUUCGGACUCGCAGAGCAGCCAGCAAAGUGUCAUCUACUCAUCCCUGCCAGACGCUGUCCCUCCUGCCAUCCAGAGGGUGUACAGCCCCCCGCUGAGCGAGGGCCAGCCUGUGCCCCACAGCCUCUCCCAGCUCAGCCACUACCAGCAGCCCUCGGCACCCGUCCUGCCCGCAGUGCCAGCCACGCCUGCCGUGGUGCCCCAGCACUACCAGGAGCCAGCAAUGCCAUUCCCCGUGGUCCCCAGCACUGUGGCCUCGCUCCCGCUGGGGCAGCCGCCGCCACCCGUGCUGGCCGGCCAGCAGCAGCAGCCCAUCUCACAGGCAGCCUCCCUGCAGCAGGUGCUCAGCAGCCAGCCCGUGUGCCCACUGCCACCAGCCCCCCACCUGCUGCCGCCGUUCCCGGCGCAGGGCGCGCAGGUGCCCGCCAGCAGCACCCCCCUGAAGCCCCUGCAGAUCUCCACCAUGCCGCAGCUCCCGCCUGUGGCCCCUUCCCAGAUUCCUCAGUUUCCUGUCAUUCCUGCUAUUACUCCUCUGGCAGGGCUUGACAGCCUUCCUCCAAACCUGUCUGACAUCCCUGCCGCAAACGUGCCGCCCAUUCCUGCUCCCUCCCAGUACUUUGCUCCAGCCGUGAUCCUGCCCAGCCUGCCCAUGAACCCCACGCUGCCCAUGGCCCCCAACUCCCCUGCCCUGCCCAUGCAGGCCGUCAACCUGCCUCACACCACCGUGGCUUCUCUGGUCCUGCCCUGCCAGCCCAUCGUGCCAAACAUGCCGGCGGCCACCAUCCCACUGCUGGCGGUGGCACCGCCAGGGGUGCCACCACUGCCGCCGCACGCCACGGUGCCACUGCCGCCGCAGCCCGUGUUCCAGCCCGCCUUCCAGCCACUGCUGCCCGGCGACACGCCCUCGCCCCACCAUGCACAGAGCUCCCAGCCCGUGACCCAGCCACAGCCACCUCCUCCAGCCCUGCAGCCGAGCGUGAUCCACCCUCCUGAGCCGGCUCACCAGCCCAUGCCUGGACACACUCAGUUUGCUCUGGAAGCUGGAGCCCAGGUGCCCGUGCUGCCAGUGCAACCCUCCAUGGUCAUGUCACCGCCGUUGCAGCUGCAGCCGGAGCUGGUGCCGCCCUGCGUCGCUCCCGAAGGUGUUCCCCAGGUCCAUGGCAGCCUUGCCACGGCUGCCCCACCCACCCCCAUAGAGCCUGGCCUGCCUCUCCAGCCCUCUGCUCUGCUGCAGCUCCAGCCUGAUCUUUCCCAGCCAAUGGGCCAGCAGCUCCCAGCUCCCUGCUCGGCUGUCGCAGCAGGCACAGAGACAUCUCAAGAGGAGCAGGCAAUACAGGACAAACUCCAAGCUCUGUCCCAGAGUUGCGAAAGCUACAUGAGUCCAGAUGUUGCUUCUGGCAAAGAGAUGAGUGAUAGCUUGGAAGGAGCAACAGGAAGUGGAAAGCAAGAAGGAAAGUCAUCAAAGAAGCAUAAGAAAUCCACGCGUGCUCGUUCGCGCCAGGAGAAGUCCAACAGACCCAAACUGACCAUAUUAAAUGUGUGUAACACAGGGGAUAAAAUGGUGGAGUGCCAGCUUGAAACCCAUAACCACAAAAUGGUGACGUUCAAGUUUGACUUGGAUGGUGAUGCGCCGGAGGAAAUUGCUACUUACAUGGUGGAGAAUGAAUUCAUCUUGCAAAGUGAAAAAGAGACUUUUAUUGAGCAAAUGAAGGAUAUCAUUGAUAAAGCAGAAGAUAUGCUCAGUGAGGAUACAGAAGGAGAGCGAAGUUCUGACCAGGGAACAAGUCCCCAGCAAGAUGCAGAUAGGCUGGAAAUAAGCGAGGAGAAGCGUCAGUCUCAAAUGAAGACACCUGUGUAUCAGCAAAACGUUUUGCAUACGGGAAAAAGGUGGUUUAUUAUAUGUCCAGUGGUGGAAAACCCUACUACAGAUGCCCCUGAGUUUUCUCCCCCGGUGCCUCCCAGUGCCCAGCAGACAAAAGGGCCAGACCCGGAGCAGUCAGAUGACCAGCUGGUGAGCUCUGCCAUGACAGAGGCACCUGGGCUCGGGGCUGGACAGCAGCUUCCCCUGCACACAGGGGUCAGUGACAGCCCCCUUGGAGCCACCCCGUCCUUGGCAUCAGCUCCUGCUGCAGCAGCUCCUGCCAGCGUAGCAAGCCAGCCAGAGUUCCCAGCCCCAGCGCUGCUGGCAUCUGCCCCGAACAUCGUGGAGCCUGCAGUGGCCAGCGGGGGUCAGCCGGAGUUCCCCCAGCCCGGCCCCCCGGCCCCCCGAGCCGUGGGGCUUGAGGAGCCCCCCGAGGCCCCAGCCCCGCACCUGCAGCCGCAGGCGGAUGAGCCGGCGUGCGUGCCCGACGUGGAGAUUGCCUGCUGCAGUGUGGGGCCACCCCCGGCAAUGCCGGUGGCUCCGGGGCCGCUGCCCGCGCCUCCGGAUGCCGUGGUGCUGGAGCACAGCGUGGUGCUGGAGCGGCAGCCGGCACCGCAGGGGCCGCACCUGCUGGAGGGUGGCCAGCCCGGCACGGGGCCCUUCAGCAGCCAGCCCUUCCCCGUGGCCGCCGGCCCUGACACCCUGGGCUUGGCGGGGUCCCAGCUCCAGAGCCCCACGCAGGUGCCACUGGCCACAUCCCAGCAGCUGCCAAUGGCACAGGGUGGCAUGGGGAUGGCCGGGGCAGGAGUCAGCCUGCUCCAGCAGCAGAACCCCCCCGGCACUGCUGAGUCUGAUGGUGAGGGUCCCCCCAGGGUGGACUUCGUGGACAACACGAUUAAAAGCCUUGAUGAGAAGCUGCGCAAUUUGCUGUACCAGGAAUAUGUUCCAACUUCUUCGGCAUCAGCAGGGACGCCAGACACCUCUGUGCCUCCCGAACAGGGCGACAGUGAAUUCACCUUAUCCCCUUUUCCUGAAGAGCAAGCUCCUGCCCCAGCAUUGGAUGGGAGAGAGCCAGGCUAUAGCAUCCCAGACACCGGCCAGGAGGUGAAAGCUGCUGCCGAGCUGCUGGUGCCCCUCGUGCCCUCGGAGGCCUUGCCUUGCCCACCACUGUUGAACAAGCCGGAAGUCACUGAUGUGAGUGCUCAUCCCUCAGAGGCAAGAGGUCCAGCCACAAGCAUCGCUUCAGCUCCUGCUGCUCCAGCAAAAGGCCUCCUUCAGGUUGCACCUUCAUCAUCAGGCGCAGCUCCACAGAUGGAGACUUUCCAGAGGAGUGAGGAGGCAGAGAGGACGGCUUCACCCGCACAUGCAGAGAGCGUAACGCGGCGAGCAACAGCAGAUGGGGCGAUGAGUAACUUCCACAGGGAUGGCUCUCCGGGCUCUGGUUCCUAUGGAAAACAGGCUGAGGCUCAGGAGAGUGGCACACCAGCCAAAACCAUUGGCAGGUUUUCAGUCAUCAGCACGCAGGACGAAUUAACUUUAGCAGCACCGCACUGCUUGAGGUUCUCGGCGCCCCCAGACGUGUACCUGGACGAGCUGCCCUCCAGCCCGGACAUGAAGGCUGCUGUCCGCAGGGUCCAGACGGCCUCUUCUGUGGACGUCCUGUGCGACCAGGCCUCGAGCGACUCCGCCGAUGAGCCCUUCCCGCGGCAGCCAGCGACUGCUGCAGCUGCACAGCUCUCCCCGCCCAGCAGCAGCACAGCCACAGACUUAAUCAAAAAAGCAGCUGCUUUUCUGCAGAGGUCUGCCAAAAGUGGCUCCCCUGGCCCAGAGUCACCCAACGGGCAAGGUGCAAAGAUUCCUACCAUCAACAUCACGUCCUUCCACUCACAGUCGUCCUACAUGAGCAGUGACAAUGACUCAGAGUUUGAAGAUGCUGAUAUGAAGAAAGAAUUGCAGAACCUGAGAGAAAAGCAUAUGAAAGAGAUUGCUGAGCUGCAGACGCAGCAGAAGAACGAAAUAGAGGCACUGUAUAUUCGCCUGGGGAAACCCCUUCCUCCCAACCUGGGUUUCCUUCACUCUGCCCCACCAAGCGGCCGGCGCCGAAGAACCAGCAAAAACAAAUUGAAAGCCGGAAAACUCUUAAACCCUCUGGUCCAGCAGCUCAGGAGUGGAACAUCAAGCACAAGUAACCUUUCAGACUCUAAAGACUCGCCCCACAAAGAAAGCAGUAACUCGCAGCUGGGCUUCCCCGAAGCCACCGCGAUGCCUCCCGGCGCAGCCCCCGCCUUCGGCAAGGCUGUGCAGACCCAGCAGCCCUGCUCUGUCAAAGCCUCUCUGUCCUCUGACAUCUGCUCUGGCCUGGGCCUUGAUGCAGCCGACGCCAACGCAGGCUCUGGCCAAGGCUGGACGGUUUUCCACCAAACGUCUGAGAGAGUGACCUAUAAAUCUAGUAGCAAACCUCGUACCAGAUUCCUCAGUGGACCUGUGUCUUUGUCCAUCUGGUCCACCUUGAAACGACUAUGUCUAGGCAAAGAUCACAGUAGUAGAUCCUCGACCAACAGCCUGGUGACGUGUCCUGAGCCCCUCCCGCAGUCGACGCUGCAGGUUCAGGCCAACAACAGCAACAACAAGAAAGGGACGUUCACAGAUGACCUGCACAAGCUGGUGGACCAGUGGACAAGCAAAACUGUUGGAGCUGCACAGACAAAACCUUCUUUAAACCAACUGAAGCAGAACCAAAAAAGGCAAGACAUGGAGCCAAAGGCUAACCCCAUGCAAACGCAGAAUGAGACAUGUGGAGUAAGUUCGGUAAGGACAGGACGGGGGAGCAAGUGCCCCGUUCCAGUGGCUUGCCCCAUGCCCACAGGAUUAGCUCCUGCAGCUGCGCCAUCCCUGCCGGUGCCCGUGCCAGGGCCCGCCCUGGCUGGCGCGGUGACACCGUACGUGAUGCCUCUCUGUCAGUACAGAGCCGUGUUCCCUUCACCUGUGUAUGGAGUGCCGUGGCCGGGGCCGGUGGCACAGCCGGGGCUGGUCCGAGGGCCCGGCAUUGUGCACUUCUCACCGCUGGGCCGGACCUGCCUGCGGAUGUACCAGGUGCCGCUGCAGCGCCCGGCCCGGCCGGCCAGCCCGCGGCUGCGCAUGACCUAGCGUGGGGACCCUGCCAUGGGGACUUUGCCACAGGAACCCUGCCACAGUGACCCUGCCACCAGGACUCUGCCACGGGGAUCCUGCCAUGGGGACCUUGACAUGGGUGACCCUGUCAGUGGGUGGCCUUGCCAUGGGUGACCCUGCCCUGGGUCCCAGUGGUUUUGAUGCCGUCACGUUGGAGUGUUUGCUCUGUACAUGCCAUGGUCUGUGUGGGAUGAGGCGGGGCCCUGGGUGCAGCCAUACCCUGCAUCAGCAAUCACUGUGAGACGGCAUCACCGCAGAUCAUUUGUUGUCAAGGCAAUACCUGCUUCUGUCCCAUUGCUGAAGACACUUUCUUCCUUGUGUUCUGUUUCACAUUUGUGAUCCUUAACAUCAUUGUACUUGAAUUGAUAAUUAGCAAAUUGUACUAACUCUGCAGGAGUUCAGUGCCUUGAAUCUCAGCUUUCCAGUCCCAGCUGGAAAGAGAUGUACAAUUAUUUGAAAGGUGUAUUUUAUUUACAAUCUGCUUGUGAGUUGGAGGUCUCUUUAUUUGCAAAGAUACUGCAGGUCUACAGUUGUUCCUCAUCAGCUUCAUUCUGCUGUAAAUGCUUUGUUUUUAUUCACGGAUUGAAUUUUCAUUUCUGAAGCUUUUAGAAAUAAGAAUUGUGAGGUGAGGUUUGUGUGACAUGCUUGUUUGAUGCACUGAUCGUAAAAUUGUUGAUGUUUGUACAAGGAGUAGUGAAGUGCACAUUGUAAUGUAGGAGCAUUUACAGAGUGAUCCAAGGAAGGUGUAUACAAGGACAGGGGAACAGCUUCAGGCAGUCCUCUCCGUUCUCCUUCCCAGACUGUGGUAAAGUCAUUGUAGAUGACGACUUAAUUCUGUAACGGGCAGCACAUGCUGUUUUCCUCUGGAUCAGCAGCACACUGGAUUUCAUUUCUUUUCCCUAUGUUGUGGGCUUUUAUAAUUUAGUUAAAUCACAAGCUCAUGCAUGUUCCAUAAGCGAAGACAAGUAAUGGAGCUGUUGAUUCUAGCAGACUAUGUGCAGGUGACUGUGAGCCCCGUGUGAGCAGAGCAUGCGCACCUGUUCAGGUUCUGCUCCGGCCACUGCGCUUGAGGGCGAUGUCUGCUCCUUGGUGUGCCAGCUGUGUUCAUGCUAAAACAGAAUAAAAAUGUGAAGCUGUUCUUUUUCGUAUCUGACACUUCAGGUUUGGUGUCUGAUCGCCUUCUGUUUGGAAUUUUUUAUUUAUUUAUAUAUUUAUCUUUAUUUUUACCCAAGUUUGCGCUCCAGGUGGCACGGACACCUCUCUCCUGUUCGAAAGUUGUUUUUUUUCCUAUUUUACUGCGCAUAGAGCCUCCACCUGCACUUAGUGUAAAGGCACAAGGUAACCACUAGAGCUGGUUUGCCAUGGUAAGUCUCCUUUCUUCCCUGAGCACUACGGGCAGCAUUACAGGCACAGGAUCCAGAUGUGGCCACACCCAAAGGCCCCACAAUGACAUUUUGUAGCCCUCUGCUGAGGGGCAGAGAUGUCCUGUGCUGCCAAGCUGUGAAUUGUAUAGUUCUGUUACUUCAAGCAUUAUACCUGUCUAAAUUACUUUCUUUGUACCCUUUGACUAUAUUAUUCCAUCAAUUCAGUUAGAAUUGAAUUUUAUAGACAAUUAUGCAGAGUCUUCUGCCUGGGCAAAAACUUACUGAAGUAAGAGAUUUCUGUUCUCUGUACCAUGUAUCUUUGAUUUGUUUGGGUUUUUUAGAUUCAUGUUGGUAUGCUUCAUGAGCAAACAUGGAAAAUAUGUUCUCACACCGGGUUCCCUUCAGCUCACACUGAAUCCUACAGUUUAUGUUGCUAUUGCCUGUAUAGUCCAUCCCUUGUAUACUGACAAAGUCAGUGGCACUAAAAGCCUCAAGAAAUUGUAUAGAUUAAAAAGAAAAAUAAACAUUUUGUGCUUGAAAA